AUGGUGCUGAUUCGCAACCUCGAAUUUCCCCUGGAUAAACUGACCUGUAAUGAAUCCGCCUGCAGUCCUGUCGAGGACUCUGCGGCAAUCACCACGAGCCAAAUAAGCGAGUUGCUACGACACGUUUGUGCAUCCACAGAGUUGGGAUUGCAUGCGAAAUUGGCCAUCAUGUCUCGUGUGGCGGGUCAGGUUGUGCGAUACACUGAAUUGUUGACCUCCUCGACUACCUCGCUGAACCCUAAUCCGGCUGGUCCGCGCGAGAAUCUAUCCUGCCCAGUAAAGGUUGAAGUGGACGCGCCCCUGAAUCUGGCCCAACCGAAAACCUCGGACAAUUCCAGUUGCCUUAGUCCCACCUCAAUCCACCAUCCGUCUGCAAUGAGAGAAACAAUAUCCAGAAGUUUGGUUGGAAUACCACCUCUGGAAAGAAAGAGCCUGAGUUCCAACGGUUGUUCCGAUCGUCCCCUCCUAUGUGAAAGUACGAUAUCGUCACAUGGCGGACCAUCGAGAUGGUUCAAGUCAAGCAUACCUAAAGAACCGUCUGCAGGCCUCCCUCUGACCGUACCCACAACAUCCACUUCCACUCCGCUUCCCAUGACGCAACACCUUACACAGAAAGUGGAUCGAACAGGACCGCCUACGAUCCAAUCCGGUCUGGCGCAUUUGGCAGUUAAUCCCGCGAUCACCUGCACAACUGCGGCAUCAGUAAGUUCCAUGGACGUGUGCAAACCCACAUUCCGAUCCAAGGAGAUGGGUGUUUUAAGUUGCUGUUACCAGCAAUGCCAGCGUUUUCACUAA